AUGUGGGCCAAACCGAUAUUCUCCCUAGCUGUCGUUCUCGGGGGCGUGCCUCUUGCCCUUUGCUUCAACAAUCCACCUGGAGUCAAUAUAUGGUGCGGAAAGGCCUAUGAAGCAAGCAAUGACUCUUUCAACCCCGGCGGAUGGUUCGAAGAGCCUUCCAAAUCAUCGAUACCGCUUCUAGAUCUGAAAGUCAGACCUCGAAUGAACAUCUAUCUUGAGAGUGAUUCUCAGGGAAGCUUAUUGAUCGACGCGGCUGUAUCUUAUCUGACAGGAGAGCCAUUGCCAAGUGGCGCUGCCUCACCUCCGAAUAGUGAACGAUUCAGCCUGUCCCUAGUAAUAACCUCAGGCGGUGCCUCCAUAGUUUCCCACCAGCAGUCAGUGGCCAUCGGCUCCAGUGACAAUGAGAUACCAAUUGCUUUUGACAAGUUGCCUCCUCAAAUGACGCCGUACAAUAUCUCCGUCGUAGGAACAUUAUCUCGUGGUAACAGCCAAACAAAAUUUUCAGCCACCACCGAGCUCUACCGCCUUCCACAGCGAACAGAUGGCGGAAGUGUCACUCGCUUGGAUCACUUGUAUGGUGGGCUUUCGGUAAUAAAAGGAAGCCAAACUGAAUGGAAACCUCUCUUCCCAUAUACCUACUAUGUACAAUGGUCCCUUUAUUGGUAUGCUAAUAUCUCAACGCUGGACGAAUUUGCUGCAAAGGGCUACAAUGUGAUUCACAUUGUACCCACCGGGGAUCUAGGUGACACUCCUUUCCCCUGGGAGGAAUUCGAGCCGUAUCUGCAGCGAGCCGAUGAACUUGGGCUCUUCUUCCAGUACGAUGUACGAUGGGAUUAUAGUAACUUGACAACAAUGAUCGACCAAGUCACGCGGCUGCGCUCCCAUCCAUCUAUACUCUUGUGGUAUACAGGCGACGAGCCCGAUGGGAAAAGUAACCCGCUCAACUCGACAGCAAUCGCAUAUGAGACCAUUCGGGAAUUGGAUCUAUACCAUCCCGUAUCUCUAGCUCUGAAUUGUUACGACUUUUACUAUCAGGACUAUGCCUCUGGCGCUGAUAUCAUUCUGUCCGAUGUCUAUCCGAUUUCGACCAAUACGAGCUGGUCUACUGUAUACAACACCCCAUGCAACGAGACAUAUGGCUGCUGCGGCUGUGACGACUGCAACGGUCGUUUUGAAGAUAUUUCAGAUCGAUUGGACAAUUUUGCGUAUUAUGAUGAGAUCAUCGGUUGGCCCAAGACUCACUGGGGCGCACCUCAAGCAUUCGGUAAUGAGACUUUUUGGACUCGUUAUCCCACCGCUGCGGAGGAGGUAGUUAUGACCAUGAUAAGCAUUAACCACGCCGCCAAGGGAAUCGUUAUGUGGGAUUUCCCUACAUCCCCAGACAUCCUGGGAGUGACCGAUGCAUUGGCCGCAGUGCUCACGACUGAAGAAGUUGCUGGAUUCUUGAUCGGGUCUCCAAUCGCCCAGGAUCUGAAAAUAGCUGGCGGUGAACGGGUCGAUGCGGCUGCAUGGAUUCAGAACAAGAAGUUGUUGCUCAGUAUUCUGAAUUUGAAUUAUGAGGAACUUACUGGAGAGAUCAGCGUCAGUCUACCGGGAGAGAUCUCAGCCAAGUCAAUUAGCAGCACCUUUGAAUACGAAGUCGGCCUCGUUGAAGAACACGAGCUCACAGCUGGACCUCUCUCGCUUCUCCAGACAGCCACUCGCACCCACACACAAGUCCUUAUCUCAUGCCGCAAUAACCGCAAACUGCUCGCUCGUGUAAAAGCGUUUGAUCGCCACUGCAAUAUGGUUUUGGAGAAUGUCAAGGAGAUGUGGACAGAGAAGCCUAAGGGUGGGAAGGGCCGUGGUGUUAAUAAGGAUCGAUUUAUCAGCAAGAUGUUCUUGCGAGGUGACUCGGUGAUUCUUGUCUUGCUCAGUUAA